CUCUAUGCUCUGAAGGUGGGCUGGAAGGUGUGCUGGGCAAAGGCAGAGGAGGAGGAACAGAGCCACAUGACGUUCCUCUCUCACGAUAUCAGCAUGCUGCGCCUCUUUGAGACCUUCCUGGAGAACACCCCGCAGCUCACCCUGCUCCUCUACGUCAUCCUGCGGACAAACAAGGCGGAGCCCUCCCAGGGACUGGGGAUCUGCACUGCGUUCCUUUGUGUGACCUGGUCUCUACUGGACUACCACCAGUCCCUGCGCUCCUUCUUGCGGGACAAGUACGACCUGAGCCUGAGCUCCUCCAUUGUCUACUUUCUGUGGAAUCUCUUCCUCAUCUGCCCCCGCAUCCUUGUCAUCUCCCUCUUUGCCCUGCUCUGGCCCUACAGCGUGGCUGUCCACUUCCCGCUCGUGUGGCUGGGGAUGUUCCUCUGGGUCAGCCUGCAGGGCACGGACUUCAUGGAGUCGCCCGGUCCCGAGCAGCUCUACCGGGCCAUGGUGGCCGUGAUCCUCUACUUCAGCUGGUUCAACGUGGCGCAGGGCAGGACGCUGUACCGCAGCAUCAUCUAUCAUGGCUUCAUCCUGGCGGACAGCACGCUGCUGGCCCUGGCAUGGCUGUGGUUCCAGUCCCCCACUGACGAGCACGUGUACCUCAUCCCGGUAAUCUGUGCUGCCCUGCCCUGCUACCUGCUGGGACUGGUGCUGAGAGUCACCUACUACAAGUGGCUGCACCCCAAUAUGCAGGCGCAGCAGGAGGGCAGCUGCGACAAGGUGGAUGCCAAUGGGAGGACUGACAGGCUGGAGUUGUCCUCGCUGUCAGUGCCAGAGCUCGAGAACAGGCGGAUGCGAUGGCUGGCCCAGGCCCAGUUCCCUGUCACCCAGCUGGUGGGGCAGCGCUUCAUCAAUAGGUCUGCUGCUGUCGAGUCUGCUCUCUGA